AUAUGCAGGGCAGUUAAUAUAUUAGCAGAAGAGGGUGAUGAAAGAGAAGAGACACAAGCAAGUGUGUACAGGUACUUUUUCAGUGCUCGGAACAAAAAGUACUGUAUUGAUGCUACAGCUGAACCGCAGAGGGGUAAGAGAUUAGGACGCCUCGUAAACCAUGGGGAGAAGAACGAAGAUAAUGCAAAGAUGAGAGUCAUCAUGAAUGUAAACACACCAGCACUUUGCCUCUUAUCUAUCGAGCCUAUCGUGAAUGGAUCAGAAAUAUUGUAUGACUAUGGAGUUAAUGAACUUCCUUGGAAGAGCAAUCAGGUGAAGCCUUAUAUCCCUAACAUCACUGUUACAUGUAGCAGCAAGACUGGCAAUACACAGGUGAUAGCACCAUCAAGUGAUGUGCACACGUCUGACAUCACCACCAUCUCCGCCACCAGUACGGACCACAACUUGCCAUGCCUGCCGAUCUCUGUUGUGAGUGGGGAGACUACAGCAUCAUCAAGUGAUGUGCACACGUCUGUCAUCACCACCAUCUCCGCCACCAGUACGGACCACAACUUGCCAUGCCUGCCGAUCUCUGUUGUAAGUGGGGAGACUACAGCAUCAUCAAGGUGA